AUGCAUUUCUCAACCCUCAUUGGCGGGUUAUCCGCGAUUGGCGGGCUGUCCCUGGCCCACGCCGCUGUGGCCAACACGAUUGAAGCCGACAAUUUCAAUGUCACCGCCGCAUUGGAGGACCUCGGUGUGGAUGUGUCGAAAAUCCCCGCAUUAGAUUCAUAUGCCGACAUUGAGACACGGUCAACUGAGAAGGCCUGUGCAGCUGCUUGCGCAAGUUUGAGCUUCGUGUUUGGCGCCAAAGUCUCUGCCCAAAACUCUGAUGGGUACAACACCUUUACUAGCUCAUUCUGGUCGGUGCAGCAAGAAGAGGUCCUGCCUCAUUGUGUUUUCCGUCCUACCAAGAACGUUGAGGUCAGCACUGCAGUUUUACUUGCCCGUUUGACUGGUUGCGAGUUUGCUGUUCGCAGUGGCGGUCAUGCUGCCUUUACCGGUGCUUCUAGUGCCCCCGGUGGAAUCAGCAUUUGGUUCAAGGAUAUGAAGGCCGUUACACUUAACGAGGAUAAGACUGUCGCUUCUAUUGGACCUGGAAACAACUGGCUCACUACCUACUCUGCCCUCGAGCCCUACGGCCUGGCUGUUGUUGGAGGUCGUGCCUCUAGCAUUGGUAUUGGUGGUUUUGUUUUGGGUGGUGGAAUCUCCUACCACUCCAACCUGUACGGUUGGUCUAACGACAAUGUUCAGAGCUUUGAGGUCGUCACCGCGAGCGGUUUGAUUGUAACUGCAAGUGCAACUCACUUCCCUGACCUGUACUGGGCUCUGCGCGGUGGCGGUAGCAACUUCGGUCUUGUCACCAAGUACAAUCUAUACACCAUCCCCUCUGAAAAGAUGUACGGUGGUGCCAGAAUCUUCCUUCAGACCGAGUUCCCCGCUGUUAUCAAUGCCUUUGUCAAUGUCGUCAACAAUGCCACCGUCGACCCCAACGCCCAGCAAUUCGUCGCCUUCGUCUCUAGCCAAGGAAUGAACCUUGCCACCGCCGAGCUGACCUACCUUAAGAACGACCCCAACCCCGAGAUCUUCAAGCAAUACAAGAACAUCUCGGCCAUCUCCGACACAGCCAGUGCCAAGACUCUUGUUGAGUACGUCAAGUACCUCGAGACCGAGAACCCCUUCCACCACCGCGAGGUAUACUGGCCCAUCAGCGCUGCUCUCGACGAGAAAUUCGCCAACUGGGUCGUGGAGCUCUUCUUCUCCCUGACCCCCCAGAUGGCCAAUGUUGCCGGCGCCCAGCCUGUGCUCAUCUACCAGGCCAUCACCGAGCCCAUGUUGAAGAAGAUGAACAACUACGGCGGCAACCCCCUUGGACUUGCUGACGCCACUGGCCCGGUUCACCUCUUGCACGUUGCCUUCAUGUGGGAUAAGGCGUCUGACGAUAACACCGUCUAUGCAUUUGUCAACGGUUUCCUGGAGAAGGUCAUUGCCGAGGCUAAGGUCCGUGGCCUCUUCAACGAGUACAUCUACAUGAACUACGCCAGCAUGUUCCAGGAUGUUGUCUCUGGAUAUGGUGCUGCCAACAAGGCUCAGCUGAAGAAGAUCGCCAAAAAGUACGACCCCAGGGGAGUUUACCAGACUCUCCAGCCUGGCUACUUCAAGCUUGAUGGUGCUCCCGUCACUCGCGCUUUCUAG